UUUGUUUGUUGUUUUCUGGUCUUCUCAUCCUCCGCACUCUGCUCGUCGCCUACGCUCGCUAGGUGGACAUUGUGAGUUUCAGGGGUAAUUAAUUAAUUAACCUCCUCACGCGGGCCCAGGUACUCGAAGCCAACGCAUCGUCGUCCUCUUCCGGCAGCAGCCAGCCUUCUUGAAUAAGGCAGGUACAGACCAGAUAACGCGAUCGUGCACUGUGGACUGCGAAUCUGGGUACCGGCCGAGGUGGCUGGUCCGGUGGCAGAGCAGGCAACGAUCUUCCGGGGUCGCGGCAGACGUUUAGCGGACGAACUGCUGAACGGCGGACCCCGGUCGCUCGCCCGUUUGGGAUCCUGUCUCGCUCGCCUCCCGCCGGAUUUUGGUUUAUUUACCUCUGCUUGCUACUCUCUCUCUCUUUCUCUCCACCACCACCUGCUUCUGCUUCUUCCUCAAUCAAUCACCAUGUCCUCCUCGAGCAUCCACUCCCUCGCGCUCGCCUCGACAUCUUCCACCGCAUACUCUGACCGCCUCAUCGCUCCUGCCUCAAAAAAGCCCAACCAGGCCUCCGUGCUUAUCGAGUACUACGAGCAGUCCUCCGCCGCUGCCUCCGACCAAAAACCAAGCGUCCGCGUGCAAUUACGCUCAAAGAAGAAGAACUCGAAGCACGACAGCCGGUCUAUGGCUGGCUUCCAGAUCGAGCCCUCGGACCAGGACGACCUCUCGUCCACUUCCGCUUCUCUGCCUCCCGCAAGCCCGCUUACUCGCAAGACCUCCCUCGAGUCUGUCUCAGUCUACACCGACGCCAUGGAACCGCCGGCCGACGAACUUCCAGAGCCCAUUCCCAAUUCUUCGCCGUUCACCUCCGAUACCGUGAGCGCUUCUGAGCUCGACAAAGUAAUCAGCAGCGUCAUAAGAACCCACAUCAUGCCGGAGAUCAUGCGCAUCCGAACCUCCAGCGAUCCCAAGGCCUCCCCGUUCGCCGAGAGCCGCCAUCCCAGCACUGAGAGCGAAAGCUCCGCGCACUAUGAGAAGCAGAAUUCUCUCCCUGCUUCUGGUGUUCAGACCCCUAAUAGCUCCGUCUCGAGACGCUCAUCCAGUUCCAACGUCAACCAGUCGUUCAGCCGUGCCAUCGACGAUUCCGAGUCAAUGAUUAUUGAUGAUCUAUCAAUGGACGCCCAGAACCAAGUAUCGGGGAACGGAUUCGACCUUCCGAGCUACCUUCAGGAUCACACUGCGUCUUCUGUACAACCAAGCCGCCGCUCGAGCGCAGGAUCUGCUACCUCGCGCCGGAGCGCUGCCAGAAGCUCAACCAGCGACUUGGUCUCUGAUGAGCCUGCCUCAUCCAGAGUUCCGUCGUCAGUGAAUGUUGCAUCCAUUAUCGGAAGUCCCAGCACUCGGUCGAAUCCAAAGCAGACUCAGUCUUUUGCGAGUCCUGAGAUCGGAUAUCUUCCCUCAUCCGACGCCUCUCUGAAUAGCGCACAAAAGCGGCACAGCAACUCUGCUGCGCCGACCUCUCGUCGCUCGUCAAAGGGCUCGACUGCAGCUUCUGGCAGAUCGACAAAGUCAUCGCACCAGGUCAAGUCCCGGGAGCCAAGUGGUGAGAUAUCUCAGUCACCACGCACUUUAAACGGCGCUGGGGCGGAUGAUUCCUCUUUUUAUUCGGCCGAAGGAUCACAAAACGCCUCCAGGUCUGCAAGACACCCUCUUCCUAGCGUUCCCUCUGUGACGACAAUCGGUCCCGCAGGCGCCAGCGACAGUGCCUGCGACAGAAACAUCUCUUCCUUCAGUUUCGAUCCAAACGCUCCAGAACAAAUUAGCUCGCCUGUCGUUGGCGCUUCUGCAAACGUGCAGCGUGAGGUGGAUCGCGGUGAAGCAGAUGUGAGGAAUUCCUCCCCGCUCGGUAUCUAUAUGCCUGAAGAUCUCCGUCUUCAGCAACAGUCUACACAUAAUAGCAGCGAAGCUGGAAAUGCGAAUCCGACAUUCCGUGCAUUUGAGAGACUACAGAACCAAGAGGAACAGGUGUCGGAUGAGUAUGUGAAGAAACUCAUUGAUCAUGUUUUGGCUACUGACGCAGAUCGGUAUGAGCGGGAUAUGGAAAUUCUUUCAGGCAUCUCUCAUCUUAUCCAAUUGGUCAAUGAGACACACAGUGCCAAGUUAUUGUCAAAUAAUAAUCUCUUUCCACCUGAUCAGAUGCCGCGAUCUCUCUCAAGCCAACGCGGAUCUGUCUCACAAUCUGGUCCGGGCCAGUCAGCUCCGUUGUCAAGGAAGAGUAUCUUGAAACGUGCGCUCAGCGGAAUCAAGACAACUUCAGAUCUUCAGCGUGUCGAGGCAUUGCUUAUGGAGAUCCUGGCGAAGGUUGAAAAUUUCGAAAACAGCCGUCUGCCUGAUACCUCUGGAGCACGGAGGUAUCGAUACCAAGGGCAUGCGGAACGUGCACCCGAGCGGAUUCUUGACGUUUCGUCGUCAAGAGCUGGCGCAGGUUACUCUGACAGAAGAAAGAUUUCCGCCACCGCUCAUACUGCGAAUAUGAAAGAGGAAAGGCCAUAUCAGCCGCCAUCAGAGGAAGUCAACGGCCAUCGAGUUUACCGUCCACGAAAGGAAGAGUCAGUCAGCGACCGUCGCGAACGCUCCGGCCGUCGUUUGCCUCAGGCUGAAUCUUCAGUGGCGCCGAUCUCGGAAUAUGAGAAUCAGACGACGAGCCCUCCGCGACAGCGGGAGAGACAGACUUCUUCAGCUGUUUCGCCCACGUCACCUCCCGAUAAUAUCAGGAUGCAAAAGAUCAGAGCUCCGCACACUCCUUCGCCGAAAACCCAUGACGUCCAAACUGUCUCAGACGCCAAAUUCCGCAAUAUGACUCCUCUGCAACGUGAAGACGAAUUGCGCCGCCUGGAAAGCGAGCGUAAGUGGAGAGAGCUUGAGCUGAUGAAGCAGAGAUCGAUGGAGAAUGAUCGGGAGAGAGAGCGAGAGCAGAAUGGUAUGCCUGGAUUCGGAUUUCCCACGCGUCCGCCCAAGCUAGCUCUCUGGCACGAGUCAGAGCCUGCGACUCCGACGCCUGUGGAACAGCUUCAGUCGCCUGCUGUGAUUCAGUCGUCUUCUACGGCAGAUGCUACAAAUCCAAAGUUGAGAUUGACUACGGCAUCAGGCCACGAAUAUAAUCUGUCGCAGGACACUAUUCGCUCUCGCCAGCAAUACCACCGUGUGUGGAACGGGCCGAGCACUGUGGAAGAGGAGAAGAUUCCGCGUACCUGGUUUGGCGUGAAUGUUGGAGGUCAACUGCAAAAGAUGUUUCGACGCAAAGGAAGGGAAUACGAAAAUGAGCCGACAUAUGUACCCGCAAGGUCGACAGUGAUCCAUACUCAGCAGUCGUACGAGCCACUUAACCGGCAGAUGAUGAUGGAAGAUCCGGGCGAGAGAUCGUUUCGGGUAGUGACUGUUGCGAAGACGCCGAAAGUGGCGAAUGAAGAGGUACCAAAACUGUCAGGGUUGCGUGAGUUGUAUGAGGAUAGUCCUAUUAUGGCUUCCUCGAGACGGGAGUAUGAGGAAAGUCCUCGGAUAUCUGAUUUCUCCAGACGGGUGACUGAGGACGCCUAUGAGACUCCGUCACGGCCUAGAGAAUCGUCUUUGAAUUCUAUGCCGAUCGAUGAGCUGUAUAAGACCUACAUGCAUCGCUUACGUGAAGACCAAGUUUCAUCAACCGAUUCAGUGGGAACCUGGGGCCGGAACGUGAAGUCAGAAGCGCUGCAAGCGGCGCGAGUUCCGUCUGGACCACCUGUUCCGCCCAAAUCCGCGUCGUUUGAUAUAAUGGCGGGGACACCGCGGAACAAUUACAAUUACUAGCAGUGCAGCAUGCAGGGUUGAGGCCAGCUCGUAUGUGGAGGGAAAGUCUUCCGUUUAAAUAGUAAAAAUUUAUACAGUCUAAUAUACAUAUAUGGUAACAUACAAAAGAUCCUCUUAAGACCUAGCAGCCAGGACCUGUCUAGCAAUACGACGCUUAGCAUCGUUCUCCACCAUUUCUCCGACGUUUUUGAACUCCAGACUAGCUUCAUACGCAGCCACAACACGAGGCUC